AUGAGCGACCGCGACGCGCCGGCGUGGAAUCCCCCGCCGCCGAAACCGGCGUUGAAACCGCCGCCGCCGAGCGCGCCGCGAAGAGAACCCGAGCGCGACGCGGGGAACCGCGGGCACGCCGCGCCGUCGUCGGGAUCUCAUCGUCCUCCUCAUCAUCGGCCGUCCGAGGGGUGGCCCGCGCCCGCGCACGGCUCGCACGGCGGCGCGUGGAGAGCGCAAAAUCACGGCUCGCGCAUUCGCGACGAUCCUCCGGGGGCGGCAAAAGCCAGAGCGCCGUACGGACCCGGCGGCGGAGGAACGAACGAGCGAUGGCGAACCGGCGACGGCGGCGAUUGGGCGGGACCCGCCGCGACGCAAGCUGUACCUCCGGCGCCGCCGCCGUCGUCGUCGUCGCGUCCGCCGGAUCACCGCCCCCCCGAGGUCGCGCCGCGUCCCGCGCCCGCGCCUCCGGCGAUGCCGCCGCCGACGCGCGCGCCCGCGGCUCCCGCGGCGCCGCCGCCGACGCGCGCGCCCGCGCCGCCCGUCGCCGCCGCCGCGGCGGCGACGACGAGCGCGCCCGGUAACCGAUACGCUGCGUACAGCGACUCGGACGACGACGACGACUCGGACGACGACCGCGGCCGCGGAAGCGCCGGGAACCGAGCCGGGGACGGCGCGAGGGAUAGGGAAGCGGCCGCGGACGGAGACGGGGGCGAUCGCCGCGACGAGCCGCGCGCGAGCGGCGCGGACGGCGGCGAUCGGCCCGGGCCGUCGACCGCGGCGGCGGCGCCGCCCCCGCCGGCGGCGAUCAAACCGCCGACCGCGCCGCCGCGUCGCAUGGACCCGGUCGGCGCGUCGGCGGCGGCGAAAGCGCCGCCGCCGAGCGUCAUGAGCCUCUUGGGGAGCAUAAGCAAAGCUCCGAAGAUCGCGGUCGCGGUGCCGACGAGCGGCGGCGGCGGCGGCGGCGGCCCGCAGGCGAAGGCCACGGCGAUCGGCCUCACCGAAGCCGAGAUCGCCGAACGCGCGCGGAAGCGCACCGAGGGGCUGCCCGUGAAGCCGCCGUCCGCGGACGAACACAAGAAGCGCGCGCGGGAGGGCGUCGCGUCGAACGACGGCGGAGGGAAGAAGCGUCGAUUGCCGUCGCCGGCGGCGUCGCGAGCGCCGCCGCGAUCGCCGCCGGUGCCGCCCGGCGUCGUCAUGAAGGACAGGAGCCAGCCCGCGGGAGGGAAGGAGUACUUCACGAAGAACUGGUCGGACUUUUUAGAGUCGUGCCUGGGGAUGGACCAUAAGGAGGCGCAAAAGGAACUGGACGCGCUCGUGCCGUGGUCGGCGCACCCGUUCCAGUCGUACAGGUUUUACGGCUCGGUCGCGACGGCGGGGGGAUUCGAAGCGCUCGACGCAGGCACCAUGGAGACCAUCUACGAGAGGGGGGGGUUGAAGAAGAACUACCGCGCGGGGCAUCCCGAAGACAUCAAGAUGCUCGAGAAGGCGUACGACGACUACUUCAUGCACUACGAGAGGUGUCAUCCCGACGACAUCCCCGGGAAGAUCAGCGACUCGGACUCCGACUCCGACUCCGACGAGGACGAGACGUCGGCGUCGGAGAGCGAGGAGGAAGACGCCACGGACAGCGACGAGGACGACGACGCGAGCGACGAGACGAAAAAGAAGAAGAACAGCUUCAAGGUCCGCCUCAACGUCGACGAGAAGAAGGAGAAGAAGAAACGCGCGCGCCCGAAGAAGGAGAAGCCCGCGAAGCCCGGCGGCGGGAAGAAGCGAGGCGGCGGCGCCAAGGCGGGCCCGGGGGCGAUCGACGAGAGUCGCGUCUGCCGCGUCGGGCACCCCAAGGUGAUCGUCGGCGAGCCGCCCACCGGGUGGCCGCUCGAGGCGAAGCCGGACGCGCACGGCCCGGGGUAUCUGUACUACGCCGGGGACGUGUACGUGCAGUACCUCAAGCGCGCGACGGGCAAUCACGUGGACGAGUCGUACCGGCGGUUCACCGCGGACGGAGGCGACGGCGGCGCGUUCGAGGACACGGAUCCGAAGGGGAUGGAGGAGGUCGGGAAGACGCAGGCGAACUUGCGGUCGAAGGUGGCGAUCGCGAGGUACCUGGAGCGUUGCGGCGUCGCCGUGGGCGACGAUCUGAAGGGGAUGAAAGGGAGGAAGAAGGCGUGAUGAGCGCGGGAGUAGAGGCCGCGGGUGCGUUCCAUGGCCUACGAAACAAGUAGGCCCUACAUCGGUCAGUUGAAAGGAGCCGCGAUCAAAUAGCCC